CGACCUCCCACUUUCUGUUCUUGAAAGCGUGAGCUGUCUCGAGUCAGUUUUGGUUGAGAUUUCCCAACUACCCACCCACCCGACCGCUUUUUCGCCCCCCUCUUCUUCUUCGCCGUACCAAAGCUCUCUCUUCAAGCCUCCCCACUCCCUCUAAAACAAAUCCCCCUCCCACAGCAACAACCACAACUGUACUCGUACAGUACAGCACUCCGAUAAAAAAUAUAACGCGCUCUCGAUAACCUCUCUCUCUUUUAAUCGAACGAUAUGGCUAGGCCUGGUAAGGAAAAAGCCAUCGCGCCGGCAGUGAUCGAUAUCGAUGAACUCCGUCGCAAACGCGAUGCAUUUGUUACUGCGAUGACUUUGUUGCGCAAUGCCGCCGAUGAGGCGUCUCGGACAGGAUUAGCUUUUUUCGAUAUUUUCAUCGGCUCUGGAACAGAGCAACCGUCCCAGAUUGCCCUUCAACGUAGCACUACGGAGGAGCCGGAAGGUCCUAAAAAGAGAGCUAAACGCGCAAAGCGCGAUCCCGCGAUGCCGAAGAGACCUAUGACUGCUUAUCUGUUGUUCUGUCAUCAGGGCAGAGAUACCGUGAAGGCGGACCUGGGACCGAAUGCCACGCACAAAGAUAUUUUAGCUGAGCUCACUAAGCGUUGGUCUGAGACUCCGGAGGAUCAGAAGAAAGCCUGGCAAGACCUCUACCAGAAAAACCGUGAGGUGUACGCGAAGGAUAUGGCCCUCUAUAAGGCCACUAAGGCUCCUCAAGCUGGCGAAUCUUCUGCAACCUUUACUCCUGUUAACGCCGAAUUGGAGGAUGUUCAAGAGUCAGAGGCAGAAAGCGAUAGGGCUGAAUUGACUGCCGAGGAUGUGGAAGAAGACGAGGAAGAGGAGGAGGAGCUAGAGGAAGAGCCGGAGGAAGACGUUAGAUCCCCGACUCCCCCCCCUCGCAAGAGGGGGACUCCUAGGUCUAAGAAGGCUGCCGCCACCAACGGCAAUCUCAAAAAGGCACUCAACUCCAUUGCCGUCUCCGGCACCUCCACUGCCGCCGCCCCUGCCGUUGUCGGUGCAAAAGCCAAGGCUGAACCAACUAAGAGAAAGCGUGCCGGUCGCAAGAAGGUCGUGGAGGUUGAAGAGGAGGAAGCCUCCGAUGAGGUUACUCCUAAAAAAAAGGCUCCUCGUAAGAGGAGAAAGAGCUCGGAUUAGGACUUUCUCGUAGUCCUGUUAUGUCGACAUGGUAUAAUAUCCCCGUUGUCAUACCUUUCCUGUUUCUUUGUCCUUUAGUCCCCUCUCCCCUCCGGCUAGCGUAUUCGGGUUUUAUAUAAAAUUUUCUAAAAAAUUAAAAAUUAAAAAAUUCCGCUUAUCGGAUUUUUUUCCUUUUUACUUUUCUUUGUCUCCUCGCUCCCUUCUUUCUUUCUGCUUUGUGCCGCAAAUAUUCCGCCUGCUACUCGUCAAAUGUCAGAGUUUUUCUUCUGGGAAAUGUGUACUCUUUAUUUAUGUCUUUUCCAUUCCAUUCAUAUUUGGUAUGUGACAUAUCUACCUUCUCCUGCCUACUACUCCAUUCCAUUCAAACCCACGCAGCUCCAUUCCCUGAAGUUUUCGCGGAAUGGAUUGAGUGGAGUAUUUGACCUGUAAUGAUCUCUUUUUCCCCUUUCUCUAUCCCUUGAUAUUGUGACGCAACCCCCCGGUAGGAGGUUGGUUGGUCGGGCGAUUCUUUAUUAUUUUCACUUUUUUUCCCCCUUCAUUCCGACUUUGGAUAGGAUGCGUCAGUGGUAUUAUAUGUUAUUAUAAGAUAGGAUAGGAUAGGGUAGGAUACGAGUGGUGGAAGAUUUAUUCUGGCUUAUAAGGAUAA